UAGAGAAACGUGGAAAAUUUAUGAAAACCUGUGAAAAUUGUGUGGUGCGCAUUGAAAAUGGUUCUGCGAUCGGGAAUCAUAAUUCCAUUUCAAUUUCGCGACACCAAGAAGUUGCUUAUGAUUGGCGUGCCCGAGGAAAAUCGAAAUUUAAACAUAUGGGACCUAAAGAAUGUUGUACGUGCCGCCUUUGGAAUAUACAAUUUCGAGUUUCGCAACAAGAAAAUAGGCUUUAACAUACCUGAUGAGCUGCUGCUACAUUACCUGGCCCAAAGACAUGACCUCACAAAUUUCGUUAUAGAAAUUAGUCAAGUUUGCGAAGCUGCACUCGAAAAGUAUGCGCUGCAUCCGCAGUGUCGCUGCGGUGAUGAGAAGCUAAUCAACGAUUCACCAACGCCUGAAGAACCCACAAACUUGUGCCAGAACAACAGUGUGAUUGAGGUCGCGCCUUCCACAACAGCAAUGCCGCUGCCCAGCUGCGAUGACGAUGACCAGGAGAGCCUUGCCAAGGGCAGCAAUGGUACGGGCUCAGCUGAGCUGGGUAUGCCUGCCUACGAGGCGUGUUCACCGAAAAUGGAUUAUGACACGCAAGACGAGAUGCCGGACUCGCCGCACUCGGAGCAACAACAGCGCAUGGAACAUGGACUAGGAGCACCAUUGUCACUGCAAGCGCCGACCUUACAUCACCAGCAUUUGCAACAGCAUGCCGAGGAGCAGCAACAGUUGCUGCACGAACGCAUACAGCAUGAGUUUAUGUUGCAACAGCAACAACAGCAUCAUCACUUGCAACAGCAGCAGCAACAACACUUGCAGCAACAGCAGCAACAUCUGGCGUUGUUGCAACAACAAGAGCAUCAACUAACACAACAAACCUAACAACAACAGCAGCAACAAGGUGUUAAUAUAGCCAUGGCAACAACAGGAGCCAACAGCAUCAGACAGCGCAAGGAGCGCAUGUCUAAACGACAGAAAGAGCUCUACGUGCACUUUCUGCAGCAGCAUCAGUUUAUACAAAACCACAGACGCAAUGAUCCGCUGCUGGAUCCCUACUGGCUAAAGCUGGCAAAUCUGCUGAACGCCAUGCCUGGUGCAGUUAAGCACGUAACCGAGUGGAAGCAGACCUUUGACAAUUGGCGCUAUCGCAUAUUUCUGUAUGCGCGCUACAAUUCAAAGCUGCAGGACGAGGACGCACAAAAUCCACGCAACUUUAAGCCACUGACACGCACAGAUAAGCAAGCCUACAGCAUGUGGAUACGCAACCCAGAUACUGCGCCACCGGACUUGGACAAAAUGCGCAAUGUAUUCUGCAAUCUUGAUGAAAGCACAACGCAUCAAGAUUAACAACGAAGGUGCUCAAGCAAAUUGCCAUUAUUAUAGAUUUAAGUAAUGGUGUUAUCUUUAUUUGUUCGUGUUGACUUUGUACGUAUGUGUUUUGUUUUUAGCUACAAUGCA